CAGCUGUUUGUUACUUGGUUGUGUUCACUCACAAAUUUCGUGUAUUUGAUGAUUUCUUUCUGAUUUGUGACUUUUGAAUAUUAAAAAUUGAAGAAUGAAUGUAUGUAAAAAUUUCAAGUUUCUACGAGUUGCACGUGAUUGUAUACGCAACUUUGGCGGACGUGCGGUAUCACCCAGAUCAACAAAUAAUACAUUCACCUUAGAGCCACUGCACCAGCGAGAACUUAUUCGCGUUCAUGGUGCGGAGGUAGUACCAUUUCUGCAGGGUCUCGUCACCAACGAUGUGUCGCGCCUGCAAGAACCGAGUGGACCAUCAUCGAUGUAUGCUCUAUUUCUAAACCGAGGCGGUCGUCUAUUGUACGAUACAAUUAUCUAUCGAACCAAUGAUCCGGAUACAUUUCUGCUAGAAUGCGAUCGAGAUGCAUCGUCGGAUUUUCGACGCCAUUUGCGCACAUAUCGCGUACGAAAACGGAUCGACAUCGACACCAUUGAUGAUGAGUAUGUGCCAUGGGUGCUCUUCAAUGGGAAGGGGCGCGGCAAUAUACGAACUCACAAGGCAAUGGAUUUGUUUAUAGCGCCUGACCCGCGUAUUGGUAUCAUGGGUACACGUGUCUUGGCUCCCGGCGAUAUAAAUGCCACCAAACUAACUAAGGAUUUAUGGUGUCAUCACGAUGUUGUCGCUGUUAAUUCCACGCCCGAAAGUAACUAUAAGUUGCUCCGCUAUAAGCAAGGCAUCGGUGAGGGUGUAGAGGAGUUACCACCCGGCAAGUGUUUUCCGCUGGAAGCCAACGCCGACUAUCUCAAUGGAGUUAGUUUCAACAAGGGCUGUUAUGUGGGCCAGGAGUUAACGGCUCGGGUUCAUCACUCUGGUGUCAUACGUAAACGUUAUAUGCCUAUUCGUUUUACGGCGCCCGUUUCCAACCAUUUUACGGUAAAAUCUGUGGCUGGCGCGAAUCUUGGACGCGUCUUUGGUCAUGCACAUAAUCAUGGCGUUGCUUUGUUGCGUGUCGAGCCGGUGCUGAAUAGCGAACAGCAAUUGAUGCUAGACGGAGAGCGCUGCUAUGUAGAUCGUCCGAGUUGGUGGCCCAAGGAAGCUGUCAACAAGCGUAGCUUUGCUGCAAUGGAAUAAGCAUUGGAGACUUGAAUGGCUUUUACAUCAUUGUUUGCAAUUUUUUCAAUUUGUAUUGUAUAUAAGAGAUAGAUUAGCUAGUUUAUGAAA